AUGCAAGCCGCCAACCACCUCCGCAACGUGUUUGCCGCGGGCAAGCAGGCCAUGGGCAUGUGGCAGAUGAUUCCCGGCGCGAACGUGUCGCGUAUCCUCGCAAGCUCCGGCGUGGACUGGGUCAUGGUGGACUGCGAGCACGGCAACAUUGAUGAUAGAGCCAUGCACGACGCGGUGCCGGCGAUUGCGGCGCUCGGAGUGUCGCCCAUUGUCAGAAUUCCAGACAUGCAGGGGUGGAUGGUGAAGCGUGCGUUGGAUGCAGGCGCUCAUGGGAUUCUUGUGCCAAUGCUGCGAUCGGCAGCUCAGGCCCGCGAGGUCGUCCAAAGCGCCAAGUUUCCGCCGGGCGGCAAACGCGGGUUCGGCUCCCCCAUUGCUCUGUCGCGCUUCAGGCCCGAGCCGUCCUUUACCGAGUACCUGCAGCAGGCCAACGACGCGCUCCUCACCAUGGUCCAGAUUGAGACGCAGGAAGCGCUUGACGAGGUCGAGGAGAUUGCCGCCGUUCAGGGCGUCGACGUGCUGUUCGUCGGACCCUUUGAUUUGGGCAAUAACCUUGGCCACCCGAUUCUCGACGGCGUCGUCCCCGAUGAGCUCAAGGCAGCCAUUGCUAGAAUCCUGCAGGCGACGCACAAGGCUGGCAAAAAGUGCGGCAUGUACUGCGCAAACGGUGCCCAGGCUCAGGCCAGCGCAGCGCAGGGAUUCGACAUGAUCAAUGUGGCGACGGACUACACGUCGCUGCAGACGCUGGUUAAGGAGGAGUUCAGCGUUGCGUCGUCGCAAGCCAAACCCGAGAGAGGCGUGUCGUACUGA